UCAGUCACAGUCGCAGGCAGGGUCAAAUAGGGAGAAAUGGCGACGGAGCCAGGCUGUGGGUGAGUGAGUGAUUUCUGAAGGGGUGGAGGCGUGAGGCAGCUGCUCACCGCGGCCCAGCCUUGGGAAAAGAUCUGGGAACUACAGUCUAGCCUCAGGCCUCAGCUUACUUGGAGCUUGACAGACUCAAAGCCUCAUGGACAGCAUCCCCACAGAGAAAGUAUUUUGAUCUCAGCAUUUAGCCAUCUCCCAUCUCCCCCAUGGCCCUGACAAUGCUGAAUGGGCUUCUGGUUAAUGACUUAAGCCCACCUAUGCUGCUGCACCAGGUUAGCAAGACUGCCCAGUUAGAUACUUUGAACUACCAGAGCAGUUUUAUGCAGGGUGUCUUUGCCCAUUUCCCUGAGAUCUUAUUUAUCCACCGCACUUAUAACCCAAGGGGCAAAGUGUUAUAUACCUUCCUGGUGGAUGGACCUCAGGUACAGCUGGAAGGUCAUCUUGCCCGGGCAGUCUACUUUGCCAUCCCUGCAAAGGAGGAUGCUGAAGGCCUGGCUCAGAUGUUCCAGGUGUUCAAGAAGUUUAACCCAGCAUGGGAAAGAGUCUGUACUAUCCUGGUGGAUCCCCACUUCGUCUCACUGCCCACCCUAGCCAUGGAGUUCCCCACAGCUGAGGUCCUGCUCUCAGCCUUCCACAUCUGUAAGUUCCUCCAAGGCAAGUUCUAUCAGCUAUCCCUUGAAAGGCCCGUGGAAAGGGUGCUCCUGACCUCCCUGCAGAGCACCAUGUGCUCAGCCACAGCAGGCAACCUGAGAAAGUUGUAUACCCUCAUGAGCAACUGCAUCCCCCCAGCCAAGCUGCCUGAGCUCCACUCCCACUGGCUGCUCAACGACCGUAUCUGGCUGGCCCACCGCUGGAGAAGCCGAGCUGAGAGCAGCCGCUACUUCCAGAGCCUCGAGGUCACCACCCGCAUCCUCAGCCAAUUCUUUGGCACCACCCCAUCUGCGAAACAGGGCAUGGCCUCUCUGUUCCGAUACAUGCAGCAGAACUCUGGAGACAAGGGAAGCUUCCACCUGGGCCUGAGUCCCCAGAACGAUCUUGCCCCUUCAAACAUCAGCCCUGAAAUCCCCAAAGUGGAGCAGUUAGUGGAAUCCCGCAUCCAGCAUUCUCUCAAUGCCAUCUGCACAGCGCCAGCGGCCCAGCUCUGCCUGGGCGAGCUUGCUGUGGUCCAGAAAUCCACACACCUCAUCGGCUCUGGCUCAGAAAAGAUGAACAUACAGAUCCUGGAAGACAUUCACAAGGUGCAACCCCAGCCCCCCGCCAGCUGCAGCUGCUACUUUAACCAGGCCUUCCACCUGCCCUGCCGCCACAUCCUAGCCAUGCUCAGUGCCCGCCACCAGGUCCUCCAGCCUGACAUGCUCCCUGCGCAGUGGACAGCAGACUGUGCCACCAGUUUAGACAGCAUCCUGGGCAGCAAGUGGAAUGAGACCCUGGAUAAGCACUUGGCAGUGACUCACCUCACCGAGGAGGUAGGUCGGCUCUUGCAGCACUGCAGUAAGGAGGAGUUUGAGCGGAGGUACAGCACCCUGCGGGAACUGGCCGACAGCUGGAUCGGCCCUUACGAGCAGGUCCAACUCUGAUUACUCUCGAUGCCCAGAGAUGCUCAUGCAUGUGCACACACUCACGUCCACCCCUACACAUACACACACACACACACACACACACACACACACACACACUCCCACUCCCACUAGUGUACUUCCAUGGGCCCUCCUUCCAGAAUAAGAAGGACAAGGGUCUUUUAAUCUACCAUAGCCUGCUACCUAGAAGGUGUCUAGCCCCCUAAAGGGCCCAAUAGUAUUAUAAAUACUUUACAUUCUUGGCCACAUACAGUCUCUGUUGUGUAUUCUUGGUUUUGUUUUGAUAACCUUUUCCUAAGGUAAAAACCAUUCUUAACUCAAGGGUCAUACAAAAGUAGGCAACUUGUGAUCUAAGAGAUAAGAGAUUGGGCGGUGAGAUUGAGGCCUGGGGCUUGGUAACAGCCGCCCCAGUCAUGAGAUGAUUCACCUGACCUACCUCCCUGGAGUGAGCUGGCCUGGGAGCCUUCCCACAGAGGAAGAGGCCCCUCAGGGCAGUUGGCUUAGCCAGGCUUCCACUAUUUUUCUCCCUGCCCCAUCCUGGGGUCAAUAAAAUUUAGUGUUGCAUAUUCUA